UGUCUAAUCUAAUCUAGGGCUGACCCCGUCCGAUAUCGGUCACUUGCUACAUUGGAUUAGUCAUUAAAAUUUUGCUGGUUGAUCAGUUUCUUGGCAGAGAUGAUACGAGCAUCAAGUGUAUUUCCAUGGGUCGGUUGCCUGUUCCUUUUAGGGCAUCUAGAAGCAGCCGGGAUACAAAAGGAGGUCAGAUCCUCCAAUCAGGAUGACCAAAUAAUUUUCAGUCGAAUGCUGGCGGCCAUGGAACCGUCAGUGGAUCCUCUCGAUGACUUCCACAAAUAUGCCAGCGGAAAUUACGGAUCCUCGGAUAACAGUGUUAAUACAAAUUAUAGACUACAUGUGGCCACGCAGGAGCUCAUCAUUCCAAAGUUAGUGGAGGUGUUCCAACAAUUGAAAAACAGUUCCCACAAGUCGGGAAGCCUCGAUGAAAAAGUUUCCCAGUUCUACAAUUUGUGUGAAAAAUAUAAAAGAAUUUCCCUCGAAUAUGUGCAGCCAGAUGUUAAUCUUUCCUGGCCAUUUAAUACAACUGAAGGUGAUCAGUGGCCCAAGGAGCAGUUCCAAUGGCUCAGGACUCUCGCCCGAUUGCGUCGCUUUGGCAUGAAAAAUGCCAUCUUCCGGAUGAAUCUCAAAUGGGAAGCGGAGAGUUCCCUCUUCAGAGUGGUGAUCGGGAAGCCACAGUACGCCUCAUAUAGAGACUAUGUAGAUCUCGAAAAUGAGGAUCUGAUUGCGUUAGGAUUCAGUCACACUCGAGCGAAGUCGUUGGAGUACGAUAUUGAGAAUCUUGAGAAGAAUAUUAGAGACUUGGUUAAAGAAACAGAGGCUUCUGUUCCCCAGACUUUGAGCCUAAAAGACCUAGAAAAUAUACACGGAGUCUCACUCGGUGCGUACCUCGAAAUUGUGUUUGGUUAUCCUUUUCCUUCCAGUUUUCGGGUGGAGGUGGAGGACACGAACUACCUGAUUAAGAUAGCCAAGUUGAUUAAUGGCAAAGACCAGGAGUUGGUGGCCACCUAUCUAUUUGGAAAAUUUAUUUCGUUUAUUCAGUCAUCGCUUCGGUUGGAGGGACUAUGGCAUCCAAAAGGCGUUUGCAUCCAGAUUUUAAGGACCUGCAUGGAGUUUGCCAGCAAUCUCCUCUAUGAGGAGAAUGUUCUAGGCGAGCACAAGCUAAAAGAGUUCCAGACCCAAAUGGAUCGUUUAUUUACAGCCGUUCGGAAGCAGUUUAAUCUUCGGUUGGACAGAAGUUCUUCGAAUGCCUCCAUCACAUCGUCUUUGCAGAAAAAACUCAACUCUCUCAGCAUAAACAUUGGAAACAUGCCUAAGGACCAGGAUCAUCGGCGCUUUGCUACUGAAUAUUACUCAGAUCUACUUUUGAAUGAUGACGAUAAUUUCGGAACAAAUCAUGUGAAAGCGCUAGAGUUUCGGGAACUGAAUUUGCUGAAAAGGUUGGACCAGCCCACAACACCGAAUCCAUAUCCUGAAGAUCCAGAACGUCCAUUUGAGGUGGGAAGUGUGGAAAAUGGAAACGUCAUCAUCGUUCCCUACAGCCUCCUCGUGGAACCCUUCUUUAUGAUUCAUUCUCAUGAUAUCUUCAAGAUGAGCACGCAAGGCUAUAUCCUUGCGAGUCUAAUAGAAAAGGCUCUGUUUCCCGAGGAUUUGAUGGAAUAUAAUUGCCAGAAAUACGACCAAUUCCUGUCCAUACUCGAUGACCAGAAGCUGUUGAACAACCGAUCUUCUUGCAACUAUGAUGAUGACUUUAAAAUAUUAAAAAAAUUGGUUUUCUUAAACCUCGUCUACGAAACCUACUUCUCCGAGGGAUCAGGAUUCAGUCAAGCGCAGCCCGCAUUUACCAAGAUGUCCCUGGAGCAGCUCUUCUUCCUGAGCUUUUCCCAGAAUAUAUUUGGUAACGACGAUUGCUGGAAACAUGACUAUGUUCUUUAUAAUCCAUUACUCCAGCUGGCCAGCUUUACUCGGGCCUUUAAUGGUACUAGAUUGGCUUAAAAACUAAAGAUUUUAAUUUUAUAAAAUGCCCAACAAAUUUUCGAUAUUGAAUUAAUAUAAUAAAGGAUCGUAU